AGCGGACACACUCAUACAGACGUGCAGAGACGCUGAACUGUAGAUGAUGGAGCUCCAGCGUCCAGCAGCCCUGCUAACUGCUGUAAUACUGAUGGUCGUCUGCUCCACUGCAGAGAUGGCUGGGGUCAGACUGGUGGACGGCGAUGGCCAUUGCUCUGGGAUGCCACAGGUCCUUUAUGAGGGAAAUUGGAGUAUAGUGGACAGUGUGCUGUUUGACUACAGAAAUGCAAUGGUGGUGUGCAGAGAGCUGAACUGUGGGAAUGCAGUCAAUGUUACUUUUAGAGAGAAUGUUAGAAAAGAAGAUACAAACGAUGCUUUUCUUUCAAUCGCAUGUGAAGGCAAAGAGUCAGCUUUUUCACAGUGCAAACAACGUGAUCAGGAUCCACUGGAUCGCAUCAAUAACAUCAUCCAUAGUACAGAUGCCAUUUGCUCAGACUCUGUGAGGCUCGUGGAUGGGGCUGGACUCUGCUCUGGGAGACUGGAGGUGAAGUCCCAUCAGUCCUGGACCUCAGUAUGUGAGACUGGCUUUGACCAGCAGGAUGCAGAGGUAGUGUGUAGGGAGCUGGGCUGUGGUACUCCACUGACUUUACAGGGGGCGCUCUUUGGAGAAGGGAAACACCCAUUUGGGACCAAAGACUUCCAGUGUAAAGGCACAGAGAACCGUCUCCUCACCUGUAGCACCUCAGAAAGAGAGGAACAUACCUGUGCACUUGGCAAAGCUGUGGGACUCACCUGUUCAGAGCCUGAUGAUGUGAAACUGGUGGGUGGGAGCAGUCGCUGUGCUGGGACAGUGAAGGUGUUUCAUACUGGAGAGUGGAGAAGUGUGACAGCAGUUCAGUGGUCCAUAAAAGAGGCUGCUGUGGUGUGCAGACAGUUGGACUGUGGCUCUGCUGUUGCAGCUUCACGGAGAAGUUCUGGUGGACCUGAAAGACCAUGGAGUGUUCAGAUUGAGUGUGAAGGAUCUGAGUCGGCGCUGAGGGAAUGCAGGAGCUAUUAUAAUCGACAUAUCUGGUACCGUGCUGAAGUAAUCUGUUCAGACGCUGUCAGGCUUGUAGACGGAGCUGGACGCUGUUCUGGGAGAGUGGAGGUGAAGCCCCAUCAGUCCUGGACCUCAGUAUGUGAGACUGGCUUUGACCAGCAGGAUGCAGAGGUAGUCUGUAGGGAGCUUGGCUGUGGGUCUCCACUGACUCUACAGGGGGCGCUCUUUGGAGAAGGGAAACACCCAUUUGGGACCAAAGAGUUUCAGUGUAGAGGCACAGAGGACCACCUCCUUAAGUGUAGCACCUCAGAAAGAGAGCAACACACCUGUGCACUUGGCAAAGCUGUGGGACUCACCUGUUCAGAACCUGCUGAUGUGAGAAUGGUGGGUGGGAGCAGCCGCUGUGCUGGAAAUGUUGAGAUGUUUAAUAGUGGAGAGUGGAGGAAAGUGAUAUCAGACACAUGGCCCAUGAGAGCGGCUGCUGUGGUUUGCAGACAGCUGGACUGUGGCUCUGUUGCUUCUGCUACAAAUAAAAAAUCUGCGAUGGAUAUGAGGAGACCCAGUGUUGGGGUUAAAUGUACAGGAUCUGAAUCAGCACUGAGGGAAUGCUGGAAUACCUAUGAUAGUGGAUACCAACUUGAAGUGAUCUGUUCAGACUCUGUGAGGCUUGUGGAUGGAGAUGGACUCUGCUCUGGGAGACUGGAGGUGAAGUCCCACCAGUCCUGGACCUCAGUAUGUGAGACUGGCUUUGACCAGCAGGAUGCAGAGGUAGUCUGUAGGGAGCUGGGCUGUGGGACUCCAGUGAAUCUACAGGGGGCGCUCUUUGGAGAAGGGAAACACCCAUUUGGAACCAAAGACUUCCAGUGUAAAGGAACAGAAAAUAGUCUCCUUACCUGUAGCACCUCAGAAAGAGAGGAACAUACCUGUGCACAUGGCAAAGCUGUGGGACUCACCUGUCAAUAUGUGAAACUGGUGGAUGGGAGCAGCCGCUGUGCUGGAACUGUGAUGCUUUAUGACAAGAAGUGGAGGACAGUGGAAGGAAAUGCAUGGUCAAUUAAAGACGCUGCUGUUGUGUGCCGACAGCUGGACUGUGGCUCUGCAGUUGCAGUUACAAAUAAAAAUUUGGAGAUGACCACAUCCAAAGAUGAUGUCCGGAUUUCCUGCAGUGGAUCUGAAUCUGGACUGAAGGAAUGUGCAGUUCAUGAUAUUUCCUGGUCCUUAUCCUCUGCUGGAGUGAUCUGUUCAGGUCUUCUGGUGAAGCCCACCAUCUCUCUCUCUACUACCAUAAGAGGGUCUAGGGAUAACCAGGAGCCAGAGGUGGUCAGGGGUGACAGCUUCACCAUCACCUGCUCCACUCAGCCACAGUACCCAGGAGGCUCCUUCCACCUCAAACUGCCCUGGAACAACAGAAGCCACACUGAGACAGCUGUCAAUCACUCAGCCUCCUUCCUCUUUCCUACUGCCGAUGAUUCCCACCAGGGGACCUACAGCUGUGUCUAUCAGAACCAAGUGAUCUUUCAAACUGAAAACUAUCGAGUUACGGAGGGUCAGUGGCCUAAUAUGAAAUGGUCUCAUGGAAGUUUCAUCCAUAAUUUCACCUCUGAGAGUGAGCCUCUCUCCCUCAUCGUCACAGCUUUUUCCAGAGCUGAAGAUCAGAAGGAUGUGGAGUGAGGAGCUGGAGAGGAGCUGAUGGCAGACUGACAGAAGGAGGAAAGGGAGGCGCAGGACAGGAAUGAGCUUCACGGUGAACUUAGGUUGCGUCCACAAACUUUGGCUACAGCCAUUGUCCUCCAUGUCCCUUUCUACUGUUCUUCUUCUUACUCUGAAGAAAACUGAGGGAUUAAGAAGAGGAAACAGGAGGAGGAUAAAAUCUUUAAUAGAAUUCCCGAGUGGUGUACACUCAUGUGCCUGAAGUAGCUUUACUUAUUUCCUUUGAUAUUCGGAAUCUGCCAGUAGGUGGCACCAUGAUAGAUUUCCAGCCCACAGAGGAGAAGAGGAAGAUCUGUAGGACACAGCAGAAGCUUUUAGGGUUUCUGGACGCAGCCUUAGUGAGAGUGCGGAGUGGAAAAGAGAAUCUGCUGCUCUUUCAGCUCUAGUUACCAGAAGAGAGAGAUCAGCGCGAGAUUAGACUUGGCUCUGCUUUUAGUUCUUACUUUUAAAAUUUAAACUUUAAAAGAAGUUUUAGAACUUGCAUUUUAAAGUUUCUAUAGAUUCAAUAUAUUUGAUUGAUUGUAUGUUUUAAAUAGGCCAAAAUAAAACACUGAAACUCAUUUUAGUGACAAUUUUAACUGUUUGUUUUUUCCAAUAAUUGUUCUUUGAUUUAUUAGGUUUAUGAUUUCAGUAAAAAUAAUCCAUGUUUAGAUGUCUUUGUGGAUGAUUUAGUCUGAUUUACUCUCAUGAACGUAUUUUGUUUAAAAGGUAAUAACAAUAUUGGUGAAUGUCUGGUCUGAAAUCUUUAACUCAGUCUGGUCUUUUGGGAAUCGUGAUCUCAGUGUAAGAAAAACACUUCACAGACUUUUUUCUUGAUUUUUAACUUUUUUGCUAAAUUGUACUGCUUUGCAUUUUAAAUAAAGCUUCUGAUGGUGAAA